UGUUAAACCCUACCCUUAUCACAUCUUCUUCAACAUGGCUAGUGAGAGAGAUCUUUUAUCCACAGAGAUUGUCAACCGUGGGAUAGAGUCCUCAGGCCCCAACGCCGGCUCUCUCACAUUCUCCGUCAGGGUAAGGAGAAGGUUGCCGGACUUCCUCCAAUCUGUGAAUCUCAAGUAUGUUAAGUUGGGCUACCAUUACCUUAUCAACCAUGCCAUUUACUUGGCCACCAUACCCGUUUUGGUUCUGGUUUUUAGUGCUGAGGUCGGAAGUCUCAGUAGGGAAGAGCUCUGGAAGAAGCUUUGGGAAGAUGCUCGCUAUGAUCUCGUUUCUGUGCUUUCUUUCGUCGCUGUUUUGGUCUUCACUGUUUCUGCUUACUUCAUGUCUCGCCCAAGGUCCAUUUAUCUUCUGGAUUUUGCUUGUUAUUGCCCUCAUGACGAUCUCAAGAUGAGCAAAGAUGAGUUCAUGGAGCUGGCAAGAAAGACAGGGAAGUACGACGAGGCAACCUUGGAAUUCCAGAAGAAAAUUUUACAAUCAUCAGGCCUUGGAGACGAAACCUACAUCCCCAAGGCAGUAAUGCGACAAGAGAACUGUGCAACCAUGAAGGAAGGUCGUUUGGAAGCCUCAACAGUAAUCUUUGGGGCACUUGAUGAGCUCUUUGAGAAGACAAGGGUCCGUCCGAAGGACGUUGGUGUCCUAGUAGUGAACUGCAGCAUUUUUAACCCAACCCCAUCUCUGUCAGCCAUGGUAAUAAAUCACUACAAGAUGAGAGGCAACAUCCUUAGCUAUAACCUUGGGGGCAUGGGGUGCAGUGCUGGUAUUAUAGCUAUAGACCUUGCUCGUGACAUGUUGCAGGCUAAUCCUAACAAUUAUGCUGUCGUGGUUAGCACUGAGAUGGUGGGUUAUAAUUGGUACUCCGGCCAGGAACGGUCCAUGAUUAUACCCAAUUGCUUUUAUAGGAUGGGCUGCUCCGCUGUUCUAUUGUCUAACCGGCGGCUAGACUACCCGCGUGCCAAGUACCGCCUUGAACACAUUGUCCGGACUCAUAAAGGAGCUGAUGAUCGUAGUUUCAGGAGCGUUUACCAGGAAGAAGAUGACCAAAAAUUCAAGGGAAUAAAGGUGAGCAAACAACUGAUGGAAAUAGGAGGAGAAGCACUGAAAACAAACAUCACCACACUAGGACCUCUGGUGCUGCCAUUCUCAGAGCAGCUUCUCUUCUUUGGAACCUUAGUUUGGAGACACUUAUUUCCUAAGAACGAUGGAUCUUCAGCAACACAGCCAUCGAAGCCCUACAUCCCUGACUACAAGCUAGCAUUCGAGCACUUCUGUGUCCAUGCAGCCAGCAAGAUCGUGCUUGAUGAGAUACAGAGAAACCUUGGGCUGAGCGAUAAGAACAUAGAGGCUUCGAGGAUGGCACUGCACAGAUUUGGGAACACUUCGAGCAGCAGCAUAUGGUACGAGCUGGCUUAUUUGGAAGCUAAGGAGAGGGUGAAGAGAGGAGAUAGAGUUUGGCAAAUUGCAUUUGGUUCUGGAUUCAAGUGCAACAGCCUCGUUUGGAAGUCCAUGAAACGUGUGAAGAAGCCUUCCAUGAAUCCAUGGCUUGAUUGCAUUGAUAGGUACCCUGUUACUUCUAGGAAUUAAUCCAUGGAUUUUCAUUUUCUUUUGUUAUAUCUUUAUUCUCCUUAACAUUCCAAAAAUGUUGAAUUAAAAAUUAAUACAUUUGGAGGUAAUUAAUUCCAGAUAAAUAUAUAUUAUUCAGAUUUUGUUUUAA